GUUGAGUCGUUUGAGGUUAGGUUCUUUAUUUGGAUGCAUUAAGAGUCGGAGUAUUCAGGAUAUCGUAGAGUAGUACUUUAAACGGGAUGGUCAGCGAAGUUGAUCUAUGGCAGCCAUCCCGCAGCUAGGGAACCUUCAAAACAAUCUUGAAGUUGACAUUCUCAUUCAUCACGAAAGGCUUGCAUGCUCUGUGUUUGUACUACUAUCUACGGACUAACUGCGUCAUGUCAUCACUGCCUGAGGGUUGGGUUUCUCGUAUCAGCUCCAAUGGAAAGACGUAUUAUGUGAAUACUAACACAAACGAAUCUCAGUGGGAAUUACCCCAACACCCAGCUUCGUCGUCUUCAGGUAAAAUAAGGUGUUCGCACUUGCUGGUAAAGCAUAAGGAAUCUCGGCGUCCUUCAUCCUGGAAACAGCAAAACAUAACGAGGUCUAAAGACGAGGCCUUGUCUUUAAUUAGAAAAUACAAGGAACUUAUAGAAUCUGGCGAACGUAAAUUUGACGAACUUGCUAGAACUGAGAGUGACUGUUCUUCAGCGGCAUCAGGUGGCGACUUAAAUUUCUUUGGUCGGGGUCAAAUGCAGAAAGCAUUCGAGGAUGCAGCAUUCACUCUGAAGGUGGGUGAAAUGUGUGGCCCCGUGUAUACGGACUCGGGAAUUCAUCUAAUCAAGAGAACAGCAUAAACCCUGAAGAUGCCGGUAGACAAAACACUGAUGCCUUCUUCUGGUUUAUCGAUUGUACAGAGCAUUUCCUACUUUUGUAGAUAAUAAAAAUCAUGGAUAACAACAUUGCUGAUACUAAUUGCCUGCUUUUCAAUGUCACGCAGGGCGAAUUCUCUUGAGUAGCUGUAGGGUUUGAGAUGAGUGUUUGGAUUAGUUAGUAGGCACUUAACGACGACAACAGUAAUGUAUGCACCACUAAUUACGGUAUGGUUUGGUUUUCAUUCAAGUAGAAUGGUAUUUAUAGAUAUCAUGGUUUUAGGUGUGCAUCAGUAGAAGCUCUGAUUCAUUAUAUUGUUUGGC